GCCUCGAUACCGCGUGCUCCACAUGAUGCGGUCAUCGUCAUCACCGCCUCCGCCGGCGAGUCGACGGGGGCGAGCCAGGAAAGCCCCGGCGUUUCACGUCUCCGUGUUCAAGCACAUGGAGCUGCCGUGUGGGAGGGACUGGGCCGAGCUGCCCGCGGACGCGAUCUCGUGCAUCCUCCACAGGCUGGACCAGACGGAGCUCCUCAUCGGCGGCGUGGCCGCGGUGUGCCGCUCCUGGCGCCGCGCCGCGCGAGAGGAGCCAGAGCUGUGGCGACGCAUUGACCUGCGUGAUUUUCAUCAUAUUCCACCCUUCAACUGGCCAGUCGGCCUCAGGAGUAUCAUGCGGGCUGCCCUGCGGCUCAGCGCGGGGCAGUGCCAUACCUUCUUCGGCGAGCACCUCCACGAUGACCACUUCGUCCUCCUCGCUGAGCAGGCCCCCUUACUGAAGAGCCUUCAUCUCAUUAACUGCUACUGUAUCUCCGACGAAGGGUUUGCAAACACAAUCAAAAAGCUUUCUCUGCUUGAGGAGCUUGAGCUUUCAUGGUGCUUAAAUCGCACACAAGUUCUCGAACUUGUGGCGGGAGCGUGCCCAGGCCUGAAGCACUUUAGACUUGUCAACCACUGGAAUUUUGAACCUAAGGAUGACCGGAAAGCUCGUGCAAUUGCUAGAAUGUGUGGGUUGCGUUCCUUGCAUAUUGUCAAUGAUAAACUCGACAACGAAGGCUUGGCAACCAUCCUCGACAGCUGCCAUCAUCUAGAGUAUCUUAACAUGCGCGAUUACUGGAAUAUCAAGAUGGAUGAAAACCUAGGUGCGAAGUUAGCCAGGAUCAACGUGGAUGACUAUGAGUACCUUCUGCCAUCCGAUCCUGAUAGCUGUUGCAGUUCUCCGUUUUCUUCGUACGAUGAUUAUGGCGAUCUAUCUCUUUCUUACUACCUUGGUGAUGAUAUCGAUGACAUGGAUGAAGAGCACGGAAGAACUAUUGACAUCAAGAGCAUGUGUAGGUACUUGAGCUAAUGUGAUGGGGUAGAUUGGGAUGUUUU